UUUGUGGUUUUGAUACUACUCAUCCUUAGGUGAAACUUGAUUAAGUACCUUCUUCCUUACGUGCUGAAGUCAGAUCGAAAGUUUGUCCAUCAUGCCAGCAUCAACAAGCGGUCUCUCGGACCCCCAGGAGUAUCAGAAGAUAUUUCACUGGGCGGAGACUCAGAAAGAUGGUGCAAUCCCAUCUUUUAACACGAGAAAGAAUGAUCCUUACGAGUACCAAGCUGGAUUUGGCAACCAUUUCGUAUCUGAGGCUGUUCCUGGCACCAUUCCACAGGGCCAGAACAACCCCCGAAAUGUCCGUUUCGGUCUCUACGCGGAACAGAUCACUGCAUCUGCCUUCGUGGCUCCUCGCCAUUCCAACAAGAAAGCAUGGCUCUAUCGUGCUCGCCCAGCAGUGGCACACCAAGGAUUUACGGACCUGCCGGAUAACAAGGACACAGAGGCCAACUUCCUGCCCAUCAACCCCAGAGUCCACGUGUCGCCAACCCAGCUUGCAUGGAGACCGUUCGAUAUCCCAACUUCGGGAGAAGUCGAUUUCGUUGACGGCCUGAAGACUGUCGCUGGAUCUGGCGAUCCCACACUGAGGGAGGGUCUUGCCACGCAUGUCUAUACCGCCAAUGCCAGCAUGAAGAAGAAGGCCUUCGUAAACUCAGACGGCGAUUUCUGCAUCCUUCCCCAGCAGGGAGCUUUGGACAUUCAGACCGAGUUUGGACCCAUCUUUGUCCAGCCGGGUGAGUUUGUCGUUAUUCAGCGCGGCCUCAGAUUCCGAGUCGAACUACCUGAUGGCCCAUCCCGGGGCUAUAUCCUGGAGAUCUGGGGAGCUAACUUUGAGCUUCCCGAACUGGGACCGCUGGGCGCCAAUGGCCUGGCCAAUUCACGCGACUUCCUGACUCCUGUUGCGAAGUACGAAAUCAUCAAAGAGCCAUGGGAGAUUGUCUACAAGUUGGGAGGCAAGUUCUUCAAGAGCACUCAAAAUCACAGCCCGUUCGACGUUGUCGCCUGGCACGGAAACUAUGUUCCGUACAAGUACGAUAUGACCAAAUUCGUCAACGUUGGUUCUAUCUCAGUCGAUCACAUCGAUCCGUCGAUCUUCUGCAUCCUGACCGCAAAGUCCCGCGAUCCCACGGCUCCCCUGGCUGAUCUCCUUAUUUUCUCUCCCAGAUGGGAUGUUGCUUCACACACAUACCGUCCCCCUUACUAUCAUCGGAACGUCGCUUCGGAACUUAUGGGUCUUCUCUAUGGAGAUUAUGCCGGUCGUUCGGAUGAGUUCAAGCCUGGAAGUGUGUCUUUCGAAUGUGGCAUGGUCCCCCACGGUGUCGCGUAUGAAGAAUUCAAAGCUGCCUCCGAGCAGGCACCGCCAAUUAUGCAGAUCUCCCAGGGCUCGAUUGCCUUUAUGUUCGAGUCUAGCCGCCCGUUCACGAUCACCGAUUACGCCUGGAACAGCGACAAGAAGCACGAACACGAGCCCAAGAUGUGGGAUAACUUGGUCGACAACUUCUCGAGCCACGCUAAAGAGGUAGAGGAGAUCCUGGCUAAGAAGGCCAAGGGUCUGUCCAUCCACUCCAACGGGGUUGGAAAUGGCGUCCACUGAUUCCCAUUGUGCGAUAAUUGAUAUCCCAUAUAGUUUCCAGUCUGUGAUAUUCUCUUGGACAUGAUAGUUUAUGCAUAAGUUAGCCUGUUAUAUAUGCGAAUGUACAAGUUUCAGUCUUAAUGAUCGCGCGUUGAUUGCUAUUUUUAGGCUUAGACCCGUAGCGCGGGGACCAAAA